AUGGAAUUGCGCAAAUUUGCAGCUAUGAUUAGUACAGCCAAUGAUUAUUCUAUCUUAAAAUGGCCAUCAUUAUUUAUUAGUUUUUCUAUAAUGCUUUUAGCUUUAAUGCUUUUAUUAAGUUUUCAUUCGAAUAGUUGGUAUUCAUAUGAAUCAAUUGGUACUCGUAGUAUAAGAAGACAAUUCAAUAAAACAACGCAGUAUUCUGACCUACUUGAAUAUGGUUCAUUUGGUUUAUGGUCUAUUUGUGUUAAUAAAUUGCAUGAUCCAAUAACUAAAUGUGACACAUGGAUACAAGAAACUCGACCUGAAUAUUUUACUGUUAUCAUUAUAUUAUCAACAUUUACAUUAUAUCUUGCUCAUUUAGCAAUUUUUCCAUCUUGGGCUUUAUUAAUACUUAUACUUUAUAAUACAAAUAAUCGUUAUCUACGAUCUAUUAAUGUUGUUAUUUGGAUUGUCCUACUUUUUUCUUUAUUGGUUACAACGGUUCUUGGAUCAAUCUUGAUCAUUAAUUCACUUACAAAAUUUCAUACACCAGGAAGAUUUAUUCUUGAUAGAAUGUAUGUUUCAUUUCAUGCCAGUGAUGGAAUAUCUUUUCUGAUUGUUGCAACAACAUUUGCUAGCGUUUGUUUAGUAUCAACCAUUAUAACAUUAGUAUGGAAAACAUUUAUCGAAAUGAAAAUAAUUCAAUUAGAAGGAGAACUUUUUAAACAAUUAUCUGAUGAAAAUUUUCAACCAGUUUGGAAUAAACCUAUUAUGAUACCACGUACUACAUCAACUCUUGCUGAUAAUCAUGAAGAACCACCACCAUAUAACUAUUUUUAUGAGCAAGACCAGUAA